CUAAUAUUUUUGACCUCCAAAUGCACAUGGCUUCUUGAUGCUUGUACUAGCUAAACUAUAGUGUUAGUAUUAUACCUUCUCUUCUCUCCACAUUUUUUUUGGUUAUCUUUUUUUCCCCUCACAUGCUCUCCUCUCUCUCUCUCUCUCUGUUAGUGGCUAAUUAUUCAUUGACAACUAACGACUCAGUAGUUAAGACCAGUAUCCAGACUCUUCAUCAGAUCUACAGUGAAAAAGUUUUUGCCCUUAAACUUUCAUUUUCUUGUCUGCCCAUGUGUUCUUGAUCUUCUUUGCUUCUUGGUUGCAUGAACUUUGAUUCCAUCACCAUUGAUUCACCAAGGUUCCAAUAGGAAUUCAUAAUUUUCUAGUCAAAAUAAAGUGCUUCCAUUUCAUGGUUUUGGAAGCUUUUCUAAUGCGAGCAAAGGGUUUAAUAAGGUUGAAGUUUUUGACUGGUUCCGGGGACUAGAGUGGCGUAAGUAGCUUGAUUCAGUAGCCUUUUCUGGACAGAAGCAAAGAUUUGAUGCAAGUAAUUUAAUGGUCAGCGAAAUGGAGAACGAACAAAUGGAGGAUAUGGACAUUGAAGCCCUCCCUUCAAUGUGGCCUGAAGAUAUUGAUAGUUCAAAACCAUAUGUAGAGAAGCCGGUAGGGGAUCAAGAUAUGUUAGAGGAGGUUACAAUAGUUGAGGAGCCAACUAUAGUUGAUUUCCACCAUCUCGUCGAGCUGACCAAUUACACUGAUAGAGGCUCUUCUCAGUUGACACAUCUUGUUCAACAUUGGGAAUACAAGCAUGCAAAUGCAGUCCGCCUUCUCAGAGAAGAGCUUGACAUCUUAAGCAAACAAAGGGAGGAAGUUGAGCUCAAGAAAUUGGAGAUCUUGGAGGAUUUUCGGUUUGAGGAAGAAAGAUACAGUGGCGAUAAACGACCGAUUUCUAUAUUGGAUGAAAUAAUUGAUUUAUAUCAAGAUAUUCCUCGGAGAAAACGUGAUAUCAUUGUUCAAAGCAAGAAAGUAAACAUAGAUGCCGAAUUCGACACUGUUGCAUACUGGAAACAACGAGCAAAGGAUUUAGAGAAAUUGUUGGAGGCCAGUGUCCACAGAGAGCAGUUACUGAUGGAGAAGUUACAGGAAAGCUUACAGAACUUGGAAAAGCAAUCCUCACCAGUUGAGGAGUUGACACAGAUUCUGAAAAGGGCUGAUAAUUUCUUACAUUUUGUGCUUCAAAAUGCUCCUGUUGUUAUAGGCCAUCAGGAUAAGGAUUUAAGAUAUCGCUUUAUCUACAAUCAGUUUCCGCGUUUGCAAGAGGAGGAAAUUUUAGGAAAAACAGAUGUCGAAAUUUUUUCAGGCUCAGGAGUGAAGGAAUCUCAAGAUUUUAAGAAAGAAGUUUUGGAUAAAGGAUUGCCUGCAAAGAGGGAAAUCACAUUUGAGACAGAAUUAUUUGGUUCAAAGACAUUUUUGAUUUAUGUAGAGCCAGUGUUUAGCAAGUCCGGGGAGACGAUCGGUAUAAACUAUAUGGGAAUGGAUGUAACUGAUCAGGUGAGGAAAAGAGAGAAAAUGGCACAGCUUCGAGAGCAGAUAGCAGUACAGAAAGCCAAGGAAACAGAACUUAACAAAACAAUCCAUAUAACAGAGGAAACAAUGCGUGCGAAACAAAUGCUAGCGACCAUGUCUCAUGAAAUAAGAUCUCCACUUUCUGGAGUUGUCAGCAUGGCUGAGAUUCUUUCCACUACAAACCUUGAUCGCGAGCAAAGACAAUUAUUGAAUGUGAUGAUAUCUUCAGGAGACUUGGUUCUUCAACUUAUAAAUGAUAUACUCGACCUUUCCAAGGUUGAGUCAGGUGUUAUGAAGUUGGAAGCAACAAAGUUCCGACCAAGAGAGGUAGUAAAGCAUGUAUUGCAGACUGCUGCAGCAUCAUUGCAAAAGAUUCUGACCUUGGAAGGACGUGUAGCCGAUGAUGUUCCCAUUGAGGUCAUUGGAGAUGUUCUCAGGAUCCGGCAAAUCCUCACCAACCUGAUCACCAAUGCAAUCAAGUUUACUCAUGAAGGGAAAGUAGGGAUAAACCUUUAUGUCGUAUCGGAUCCAUGUUAUGGAAAAGCUGAAGGAAACCAUCAGAAGUCAUCUGGAGAUCAGUCAACCACAAUUGAGAUAAAAGAAGACAAGCCUAAGCUGUCAUCUCAAAAUUGCAGUGAUAGAAAAGGUUUCCACAGUAAAAAAUACAGUGAAGGUCCAUAUCCAGAUCAUUUGCCUAGUGAUGAACCUCAAACCCCAGUUAAGAAUGGAAACACAACGGAUGGGGAUGAAGGGGAGGAACCUCAAGUACCUGGAACAACAGUGUGGCUUUGCUGUGAUGUUUAUGAUACUGGAAUUGGAAUCCCAGAAAAUGCUCUGCCUACUCUAUUCAGAAAAUACAUGCAAGUUAGCGCAGAUCAUGCUCGAAAAUAUGGCGGGACAGGGCUUGGCCUUGCUAUAUGCAAACAGCUGGUUGAGCUGAUGGGAGGUCGUCUCACUGUGUCUAGCAAAGUGAAAUCUGGAUCUACAUUUACCUUUGUGCUACCGUACAAGGUAUCAUCAACCUGUGAUUCUUCUGAUGAUCCUGAUGAUCUAUCAGAGAUGGCUGAUCAUGAAGCUCCACUAGAGGAUGAAACUGCCGGCUUCUUUCAGUUCCAACCACGUACUUUGGGCUCUCUAUUCUCUUCUAAUGGAUCCACCAGGACCCAAAAAUUAUUGCCACAUAGUAUCGGUUUUACUAAAUCCCCUAAAAUUAAUGGAAUCUCAGAGGAUUCUUGCUCAUUUCCUUCUGGUAACGUUAGACUGAAAGAGACGACUUGUGUUGAGGAUGCCUGUUCUAUGGUUGAAGUCGCUGAGACCUUAUCUGAACCUGAAAGCUCAUUUAGUCACAGCCCUGAACGUGACUACGAGAAUGUAGUUUGUAGAAGUCAACAAAGUCAAGACGACACAAACUGUAAAAUCCCGAAUGGCACUACAAAUUGCAAUAAUCACACAGAAUCAAGCAGAGAAGUGAGCUUAAGGGCAAAUACAGCCGAACCACCAGGAUCGUGUCAGGAAGAAGAAAAAUCUGUCAUUAAUUCUCAGUGCACUUCUAGCAGCAUCCCACAAAAACCAGAAUCAAAACCAAAGCCAAAGAUUCUUCUAGUAGAAGAUAAUAAGAUCAAUGUAAUGGUGACGAAAUCAAUGAUGAAGCAGUUAGGCCAUACCAUGGAUGUUGUGAAUAAUGGAGUUGAAGCUGUGCGUGCAGUUCAGUCCUGUUGUUAUGAUCUAGUUUUGAUGGACGUCUGCAUGCCGGUAAUGAAUGGCCUUCAAGCUACACAAUUGAUUCGUUCUUUUGAAGAAACUGGCAAUUGGGAUGCUGCUGCUAAGGCUGGAAUAGAGCCUUCAGCUUCAUUACAAGAUAGUCAGAGUUCUAUUCAUUAUGAUAAGAGGAUGCCUAUAAUUGCGAUGACAGCAAAUGCAUUAUCAGAGAGUGCAGAGGAAUGUUAUGCAAAUGGUAUGGACUCAUUUGUUUCAAAGCCUGUGACUUUUCAAAAACUAAAAGAGUGCCUAGAACAAUAUUUACCAUGAUGUCUGAUGUAAAUUUGUGUACAAAAAAUGCUAGGAAAAUUUUGUGACCAAUGUAACAUGCUCUUUGCAGCCAUUAGUAUCUCAAUAGAAGUUGUAUAGAUCCAUGUCAAUAUUCUUUCCCUUCUUCAAGAUUAUUUUAACAUUGUUCCUUCAAA